CCACCAGACGGAGCGGAGCGGAGCGGAGCCAUGGAGAUGGAGGCCGCCGCGGAUCUCGCGGCGGGGGCGGAGGAGGGCGCAAAGGGCGACGACGCGGCGGGCAGGCUCACCUACGAGAUCUUCUCCCUCCUCGAGGCCAAGUUCCUCUUCGGCCGCGGCCACGUCGCCGCCGGGCCCCCGCGCGCGCCGGCCGCGGGCGGCAGGGUAUGCGUCCUCUCCAUCGACGGCGGCGCGCGCGCGUCCGAUGGGCUCCUUGCCGGCGCCGCGCUCGUGCGGCUCGAGGCCGCGCUGCGGCGGCGCGCGGGGAGCCCCGCCGCGCGGCUGCCCGACUUCUUCGACGUCGCGGCGGGGUCCGGCGCGGGGGGCGUCCUCGCGGCCCUGCUGUUCGCGCGCGGCCCGCGCGGGCGGCCCCUGUACGCCGCCGAGGACGCGCUCGCGUUCCUGCUCCGCCGCGUCCGGCGCGGGGGCGGGGGCUGGCCCGCGCGCCGCGCCGUCGGGCUCCUCGGCCGCCGCCGCGGCGGCGCGGGGUCCGCCUUCGGACCGGCGCUCGGGGAGCUCACGCUCCGGGACACGCUGCGGCCGGUGCUGGUCCCGUGCUACGACCUCGGUACGCGGGCGCCGUUCCUCUUCUCCCGCGCCGACGCCGCCGAGUCCCCCGCGCACGACUUCCGGCUCCGGGACGUGUGCGCCGCGACGUGCGCGGGCGGCGCGGCGGUGGAGGUCGUGUCCGUGGACGGCGGCACCCGGAUCCGCGCCGUGGGCGGCGGCGCCGCGCUGGGCAACCCCACGGCGGCCGCGAUCACGCACGUGCUCAACAACCGGCGCGAGUUCCCCGCCGCGGCCGCCGUCGGCGACCUCCUGGUCAUGUCCAUCGGCACGGGGGAGGCCGCCGAGCGCGGGGAGGUCGCCCGGAUCGCUGCCGAGGGCGUGUCCGACAUGGUGGAUCAAGCUGUCGCCAUGGCGUUCGGACACAGCAGGACGACCAAUUACAUCCGCAUCCAGGGCACGGCGGGGGGCCGUCGCGGCGGCGGCGGGCGGCGGGGGCCCCGGGCGUGCGGCGGCGAGACGGGGGAGCAGGCGGUGUGGAAGGCGGAGGCGAUGCUGCUGCAGAGGGGCGUGGAGUCGGUGCUGUUCCAGGGCCGGAAGCUGGCCGGCGAGACCAACGCCGAGAAGCUGGAGCGCUUCGCGCGCGAGCUGGCCAAGGAGCACGCCCGCUGGAGACAGCAGCAGCAGCAGGCCGUCGAACAGGCGAGCACCGACGGCGGAUCGACGGAGGCCGCGCCACUCGAAGCACCGCCCCCGCCGCGGCGGCGCCGGCCACGCAUCGCUAAGUCUGUACUCGAAUGAUCGAUCGAUCUUGCUGCUGGUCUUGCAGAGAGAGUUGCAAAUGAACUUUCCCGACGUGCUUGUACGGUCGCGAGUGUUCAUCUCGUCUCGUGGCAGUAUCCUCUGGCAAUUAAAGUUGUGCGCAAGCUA